AUGGGUAUCCUUAAUACAGUUCGUCACCAAUACACCAACCUCCCCAUGCGUCUUACCCAAGAACAAUGCUCCGGUAGGACCUACAUUGUCACGGGGGCGAACAUAGGCCUCGGCUUGGAAUGUGCCAAGCACCUUGUACGCCUCCAGUCAAAGCGCGUGAUCCUCGCUGUGAGGUCCGAGUCGAGAGGCAAAAGCGCCCUGAGCGAGCUCGAAUCUGAGACGGGCCGGCCUGGUGUCGCCGAGGUCUGGUUGCUCGACCUGUCUUCUUUCGAUUCUAUCAAGGCAUUCGUCAAUCGAGUUGAGGGACAGCUCGACGGGGUAGAUGGCUUGAUUUCAAACGCGGCAAAUGCAACUGCCGAAUGGACCCUCACCGAAAAUCUCGAGAGCACAAUAGCUGUCAACGUGGUGGGAACCAUCUUGCUCUCUGUCUUGAUGAUGCCAUACCUCAAAAGCUAUGCCAAGAGGUCGGGCACCACGCCAGUCAUGUCUAUUGUUACGAGUGAUCUCGCCUUCGGUAGGCAGGAGGACCUGCGGAAAAUGGAUAGGAACAAAAUCUUCAGCGAUAUUAGCGACAGCCGAAAGUGGUCAAUUGAUGGAACGAAUCGUUAUGCAUUCUCAAAGCUGCUGCAAAUUUAUGCUGUCCGGCAGUUCACCACGCUUGCCCCUGCUUCAAAGACAGGUGUGAUCAUCAACUAUGUCAACCCGGGGCUCUGCAACACAGGCCUUACUCGAUACUCUGAUAGCGGUACAAAGGUAAUGGUUGCUGUCCUUAGAGGGGUGAUGGGCAGAAGCGCGGAAUGGGGGUCCCGCAAUUUGCUGCAUGCCGUCUCUGUUGGGGAGGAGGGUCAUGGGAAGCACCUCUCGUACUGUGAGAUUGACGAAGGAGAACUGCCGUCAUAUAUAACCGAUGCUAGUGGUCGUGAAUUAGGCGUCAAGAUUUGGGAUCAGCUUGUGGUGGAGCUGGAACGUGUGCAGCCCGGCUGUGUUCAAAAGGCUCUCUAUGAGAAUUGA